AUGGCUAAAGCAUCGCUGCUAAACCCUCAGACCGUGGCACAACCGCGCAGCGUCAAAGGUGCAGCCCACUUUGCGAGAAGUCGGAAGCGAGACCAACUUCAGGCCGGCGGACCCCGCAGCAGGCGGCGGCCGGCUCAGGCAGCCCCUGAGCCCCCGCGCACCCCCCGGGGUCCAUUUCAGGUAAAUCCUCAGGAUCAAGAGAGCUCAACCGGUGUUCUCACAGUCCUCACGAUUGAAGCAGCUCGCUGCCCAGAUGUCGUUGUGGCACAAAUAGACCCCAAAAAAUUGAGAAAGAAACAGACAGUAAACAUUUCAAUUUCUGGAUGUCAGCCUGCUCCUGAAGGAUACUCUCCAACUCUCAAGUGGCAACAGCAGCAAGUGGCCAAUUUCUCAGCUGUUCGUCAGAGUCUGAACAAGCACAGAAAUCACUGGCGGUCACAACAUUUGGACAGCAACGUUUCUAUGCCAAAAUCAGAGGAUGAAGAAGGCUGGAAAAAGUUUUGCUUGGGUGAAAGAUUAUACUCAGAAAUAGAUACACUAUCUGAUAAUGAAAAUCUAGGAAUUGAUUACCUAAAGAUGGGUUUUCCUCCUUUGCUAAGUAUUGUAAGCAGAAUGAAUCAGGCAACAGUAACCAGUGUCUUGGAAUACCUGAUAAACUGGUUUGGAGAGAAAAAAUUUACUCCAGAACUGGGUAGAUGGCUUUAUGCACUGUUGGCAUGCCUUGAAAAACCUUUGCUACCUGAAGCACAUUCUCUUAUUCGACAACUGGCAAGGCGAUGCUCUGAAGUCAGAGUACUAGAGGAGAACAAGAACGAAGAGCAAGUAUCAGCUUUGAACUUGAUGAUCUGCUUAGUUAGCAGGUACUUCGAUCAACGUGAUUUGGCUGAUGAGCCCUCCUAGAUUGUUUUGAGAAUGCCAGAUGUUUUGUGUUGCCAUAGUACGAACAGCAUUAUCAGGGAUAACAGCAAGAUGCUGCACAGUUCAGACCUGAAGUACUACACAACCCCUUCAGAACACCCUCAUGAUAAUGCAUUGGGACAGUCAUGAAUAAACUGAUUUUAAGCAGAUCCUUAGCAAGAGAUUACCAGUCUCUCCAACACCAUCAUGAUGUGAAAAUGGUCAAAGUGUCUGCUGUCAUCUCUCCAGCUACCAUCUCUGUAGACUACACUCUUUGUUAGAAAUUUCUACAAUCUGAGUAAUCCUAUGGGCAGUGCCAUCAGGCAAGGACUUUUAAUCUAAGUUUAAAGUGAACUUAAAUCACAAGUGAUUGUUCUUUAAGACUCAGCUGUUGAGGGCUUUUUUUAAACAAUAAAAAGUAUUUUAAAGAGUUCUUAAACAUUUGAUUUUUCUGAUUAUUCAUAGUAUUUUACAGCUGCCUUAUAGAGAACUACACAACAAUGUUUUUUCAGCUUCAGUUUCUGAGUGUAAGCACCGUUAAGCAGUUCAGCUGUAGCUACUGAGUUACUGAAACAAUUCAGUAAAACAUAAAAGGAAGCGGUUGGAUAAAGCUAAUACCAGCAUAUGCUCUGUGGUUCCUAUGGUUGUCAUUAUAUUCAACAAUUAAAAAGCUAAAGGAACAAAAAAUUCUGCUGAUACACCAAACUGACAUACCGUAUUUUCCUAGUAAACAGGUAGUAAGCUUUAAUUAAGUCCUUCACUAUUGUUCAAAAAACAUUUUUUCUUUAAAGUACAAUCAGUACCAAUAAACCUUUACAGUGUCUUAAAGCUGCUGGCACUUUUGCAUCUGGAAUAAUAGCCUUAACAGUCAAGUGCAAAAUGAGACUGAAUUACAAUACCUGCUUGAGUUUUAAUUCUAGAGAGAUGCAAAUGACAAUGACAAUUCAGUCUUGUCGUUAACUGAAUGUCCGUCGUACGUUGCAGCUGUUUAAGGUAGGCCAUCAAAUCAUGCAUCUAUUUGACAUACAGUGCAAGUUAUCUCUAGUCUCUUCAGCAGCAUUUCUAGCAUGGUAAAAGCAGAACGCGGUGGCAACACAAGAACCCAUAAAAUGCACUCAGGAAGAAUAUAAGCCAAUUAUCUAACUACAAUUUCAGAUAAGUCUGAAUCAUGCAUAUUUUUGAUUUAAGAACUGUAAUCCAUAUCUAUAGAUAGACGAAACAUAACUUUACUGUAAGCUUUGUACCACUCUAAGAGCCAAGGAUUUGAAUCUGUGGAACAGCUGGAUCCUCACUGAGUACUAUACCACAGUUUUUCACCAUUUUUCUCUCUGUAUAUGGUGGGAUAGCAUUCUGCUCUUUUUGAGUUCUGUUCUAGAUGCUUCCCAAAACUGUUAACUUUAUCAGCUAGAACUAAUCUGAACUAGCAUUAACAGUACCUGAAAAGAUCAGAACUUGGUCACAUCUUAAGCUCAAGUAUAAUAAACCCCUGGUUAUCACAUUUAUAAGCUCUAGCUUGCCAGGCUGUAACAGCCAUCUAGAAAAGGACCGACCUAUUACAGGCUUCCAACCGCCCUAGAGCUUAGGGAAGAAUAGUUUCUGCUGUUCUUGCCCGCCACGCAAACAGAAGACAGUUACAACAGACAAAGGUGCUCUUCUAACCUGUUAGUUUUUCUAUUUAGACUGUAUUUGCUGUUCUUAAAAUAGCACCGAACGGAAUCGCUACCACACGACAAGGCAUUCUUACGCUUCCGAGUAAGGCCAGUAAGACUCAGUAAUACCCUCAGUUUCUAUCAUGAUUCAUUUCAGAAGUAUAAAGCCUGAACUUGUCAACAGAAACGUCUCAAGCCAAAUUCAUUAAAAGUAGUUUAAACAAGAUGUUCUUAUGCUUAUCUAGAGCAAGAUAUGUAUUGUUAUGCAAAUCUUGCAAUUUAGCAAACCCUAAUGUCCUCAGAGCCUUUGUGAUGCCUUUCCAGCUCCUUGCAGGCCUAACCAUCUUCCGGCUCAUGUAAUACUCGUUACAGAAGUGAGUUGUAGCUAGGCAAUUAAAAACAAUUAUGCUAAUAGUGACAUUAAGUGUAACAAGCUAAAACAAAUUUCCUUCUUUGUCCAGUAGCAGAUGACCUUAGCUGGAAAAUUCUUCUAGAAGCAAAAAUAACAGCUAUGAGUUUUAAGGAGGAAGGAGAUACUGUUUAACUAUACAGAAAAGCUUUCUCUUUUCUACUGCCUGGUAUCAUUCCCAGAGCCGAGGAACUAAGCUCCACUGAACACCGUAAGUGAAAGCUGUUGGUUCCUGUGAUGAUCGCUUCUUCAGAAUAAUGCAAAGCAAUUGCUGCCUUACAGUUUGGAGCAAGUAGGGAAAGUUAGCAGUUUUGCUUUCAUUUUAGGUGCUACAAAAGACAUUAGUUUUUUACUCCAAUUUAGUGUUGGUGACUCUUUUCACAAUUCUGAAAAAUGUUCCUCUCGUCUUCCAUAUGUGCUAU